AUGAGCUCAAGAAUACCAUCACCAAAACCAACAGAAUCCACUCCUCUCAUUCCUACUCAACAUACCAAUACCACUCAUGAUCCUCAUAAACCUCUCAUUCCUCCCCUAUCAAGAGUACUUUUCACCUCUUGGUUACUCGGUUUAACCUUCGCUUUCACACAAACUUCUUUGGUAUACGCAUUCAGAGUCAUGACCUGUGAAGAGUAUUACAAAACCCAUUCAUGGACCGGUGCAGGGGAUAGAUGUGCUUUACCUAUUAUAGAAGCUAGAGCAGCUAGGAGUUUAGCUAUCAUGUCUACUACUACCACGACUUGUACAAUCAUAAACCUAUUUCUCACCGGUUUCUGGAUCAAAAAAUUCGGGCCAAAAGCAGCAAUGUUCCAACAAACAGCUUGGGCAGCUUUGAGGAACUUAACUCAAAUAUACGCUCAAUCAAUAGGAGGAUCCACAGGUGUAAUGUUUAUACAAUUAUCACAAACCUUCAAUUUGAUAGGUUCUUCAGGAGGUUAUCAACUCGCUGGUAAUGCUUUCAUAGCUCAUUUAGCUUUGGCGGAAGAACGUACUAAAUUAUUUGGUGUACUUCAGGGUUGUAUAUUGUUAGGAAGUUCAGUUGGGUAUAUAAUCGGUGGAACAGUCUACCGUUAUUUUGGUCAAUUAGCCCCAUUUCAAGUAACUUUUUGUCUUUUAGUAUUCUGUACCAUCUUCGGUCGUUUCUUCCUCCCUUAUGUCAGUCCUGAUGGUAAUCAUCAUCCCUCCUCUGUCCAGGCAUUAGAAAAGAAGAAAAGAUCUUUCCUCGCUCCUCUCGCCUUGUUCCUUCCUCGACGCAAGAUGAUCGAUGGGAAGAAACGCUGGGAUAUCAACUUGACCCUGUUGGGAUUAGGAGGAUUCUUUUCAGUCUUGGCAACUGGUUAUGUACCUAUGGCUCUUCAAUUGGUAGGAACGAACGCAUUUGGUUUUUUACCCGAUCAAUCGGGUGUGAUGUUGUCUCUCACACUUCUCGUCAAAGCAUUCUUCCUAUCACUUUGUUUUCCCAGAAUCAUCGCCUUAGGUCGAGCUUAUUUCUCACCAUCUCAUCAACUUCUCCCUCCUCCAGAGAGAUCAUCAGACGACAGACCUGAUUCUCCUCUCGAAGCAGAAGAACCAACUGUCACCUUCGCUCCUCAAGUAGACACCGCUAAAACUCCCACCGAUAGAGCCCACGGAGCAGAGUUCGAUCUUCAUUUCCUUCGAUGGAGUAUCUUUUCAGAUGGUUGUCUCACAGCUUGUGUUACAGCCAGUACACAAGGAUGGCAUCUUUUCCUCGCUGCUGCCGUUUUACCUUUUGCAAGUGGGACAGGUUCAGCCAUCAAAGGUGUUACAUUAGAUUUCGUUGCUCCGGAAGAAAGAUCAGAUGCUUUAGGUGCUAUUGCUUUGAUCGAAAAGUUAGCCACGGUCUCGACUAUCGGAGUAUUUGGAACGGUUUUCGGUGCUCUUAGUGAAGUUGGAAGACCUACUUUGGUAUUUGCUGCCAAUGCGGCCGUUGCGAUGAUCGCUUUUUUGUUACUGAUGUUUGUAAGAUUUCCCAAAGAAACGCCUAUCGCCUUGGCUUGA